UGGUCGAGCCUGAACUGUCAUGGCUGCGCCCUUGUAACUCGGCGCCACCGCAGAGGGGACAGUGGCGGUGCGGGCCCGCGGGGCCGGGAAUCGUCAUGCUGCGGGCUACGUGGCGCGCUCUGAGCUCCCUUCGUGCCCAGGCAGCGGCACAGUCUCCAGGGUCUGCGCUGCGGAGCGGAGGAAGCGCCAGUCUGCCCUCGGCACGCUGCGGCCUGCAGCCUCCGAGUCUCCUGCAUGCCGCCCGUGCCUACGCCGUUGGGAAACCAGAUUUGGGGAGUAAGAAGAAUGGAGCCUGGGAGAAAGAGUUAACUCUGUUUCACAUCCCGUUCCUGUAUUUGACAGCCCAGCACAGCCAAGAUGAUGAGCCACCCCCUUCUACACUCAUCAAAGAAUACAAGAGCAUCAUCCCCAGCAUGGAGAAGGUUGAUGAUGUUGUGAAAAGAAUCUUGUCUUUGGAAAUGGCCGACCAGAAAGAGAAGUUAAAAAUCAAGCAAGAACAAUUGAUGAGCAAGAUUGCGGAAAACCCUGAGGAUUCCAGAACCUUGGAGGCUCGAGUUGUUGCCUUGACUGUCAGGAUCCGCAAUUAUGAAGAGCAUAUGCAGAAACACCGAAAGGACAAAGCCCACAAACGCCAUCUGCUGAUGAGUAUCGACCAGAGGAAUAAGAUGCUCAAACUCCUCCGUCAGACCAACUAUGAUGUCUUCGAAAGGACGUGCAAGGAGCUGGGGGUGGAAUAUGUCUUACCCCCUCUGCAUUUCCAUAAGGUCCACCGCCGUUUCCUGGCCAAGAAGGCUCUGUGCAUUCGGGUUUUCCAGGAGGUACAAAAGCUGAAGAAGCAAAAAAGAGACUUAAAAGCUGCUGCAAUGGCCGCCAAAAAACAAAAUAAGCAGAGGGUGCCAGAGAACCCUUCCCAAGCCGUACCAGAGAUGACCAAAGAAAACUAAUAAAGUCUGUUCUGCCUUGAAGAAUGA